AUGGACAACCCCAAUCUGAGGCGGCUGAGACUUCUAGGCAUUGCUCGACAGACCCGAGACCAGUACUUGCCGAAACUUUCGACGACGGUAUCGAGUCUCACGGCUCCAGUUUCCGCACCGCAAUACGAUAACUUUGGCCGGCUUAUCUUACCACCAACCACUCAAAUCAUCUUAUUUCCGACUUAUACUCGAGCCAAUGUCUACGAUAACGACCGCCGACCCCACACUUACGACGUCCACGUCCACGGGUGGGUGCUGAGUCCCGGCACCAUGAGUCGCAAAAACCGGCUCUUAGUGUCGCUUGCCCGCCAAGUGAUCAAAAGUAACAGCCCCGCCUUACCUGAUUUGGACCAGAACUAUGGCAGUGAUAGCGAUGCGGCGCUGGUAUCGCUGCUGCUGACCACAUACUCGGAGACUGACGAUAUCAUCAAGCAACGGCUCGCUGACUUCAUGGCGCGGCUGAUUGCUGGUGCCACGCUCGAAGUGACGAUUGGUAGUGUCAAUCCUGAAGACGAGGUGAAGCAGAUCACGUUGGAAACCGAUGGCAAUGGCCACUUUAAGGCCACGGUGCUGGUACCGUACCCACCCCUGAUUAUUCGUGUGGAAGCGACUAACGAUCAAAGGAUAUUUGCUUUUCAGGAACCGUGGAUCGUCGCUAACGACUGGAGCACUUUGGGCGUGAUUAGUGAUAUUGACGACACCAUUAAGAUGACGGGUGUAGUCGGCGAUAAACGCGAGCUUUUACGACGAGUACUCUGUGGCAACUUGGAUGAUUGGAGACUUGAUCUGAUGAUUGAGUGGUACCGUCGGUUUGGCUCAAAUUGCUCGUUCCACUACGUGCUGAACCUGCCAUGGCAGUUGCUCCCCAUUAUUCAGGAGUACUUUGAUCGCACUCAACUCCCACCAGGGUCGUUCCACUUGAAGCAAUACACUGGCAAUAUCAUCGCUCUGCUUAUGGAGCCCAGCAUGCUGCGUAAGCGCCACUCCCUCGAACAGAUCAUCAGCGACUUUGACCAGAAAUCAUUUAUAUGUAUUGGUGAUCUGGGUGAGCACGACCUUGAAGCCUACGUCGAUGCUGCCAAACAGUUCCCCACACAGAUCUCGGCCAUCUACAUCCGGUUUGUCGAACACCUGUUGUCUGAUGUUGACGAUGAUCGCAUCUUCAAAGAGGUUUCUCGCAUGGUUGGCAACCAUAAUAAAGCUGUGGGUGAACUGAGAGCUCGCAGACGUGGCGAGACUGAGUUUAUCCAUGAUGGGAUCAGCUACCCUGUAUCCAAUCCUCAGCCUCAGUCUCAUCCUCCAGCGACACCUGACCCUCAAGACGUCGAUUUGAUCGACUUGGACACCCCGGUAAAACCGCCUAAACCAUCGGCAUUAAAAGGUACACCACUCAAACCAAAAAAGCCUCAACACCUUCAAGGUAAUGAGAUUGAGCGUGACCUACCUCCCCCCCUUCCUAUGCGUCCAACCGCACCUCCUCAAACUCCUCCUUCAGUACAACAGCCCGUGGGGUUUGCUGCUAAGACCAAUGACGAAAUCAUUGACGAGUACUACUUCAUGGAGUUGGAAGAAACCGAUAAACGCGGGGCCCAGUGGCUUCUUCGCAUCCGUGCUGCCAUUGCUAAGCUCAGGGGCAGCGAUACUAAGCUCCGUCUAUUCAAGGACAGCGAUCCUGAUUUCUUCCGUGAGUGUGAUAAGGCGUUGGUUAAGGAGAAAGCUCACGUCCAGCAGCUUUUAAAGCAUCAUCCAACCAAUUUGCGGUUGACUAGGGAGGAACGGGUCCGGUUGGGGUUAUGA